AAAAGUGUAUGUCUAUCUUUCUCUCUCUAUAUAACACUUUCUCUCUCCUCAAAUUUUGAAAUCACAACAAAACAUGGCCCCGUCUCUCUUCAUCACCAUCUUCACUCUCCUCCUCCUCUCCACCACCAUCUCCCAGUCCCAACCCACCGCCCCAUCUCCGGCCUCCGACGCCUGCAACGGCGUAUACCUCUCCUACUCCUACUCCGGUGGAGCCCAGCUCCCUCCCACUCUCAAAUCCGACCCGACCCACCAACCCUACCGAUUCCAGUCCACUCUCACCAUCCUCAACAAUGGCCUCGACGACCUCAAGUCCUGGAAAGUCUUCGUCGGCUUUCAACACAACGAGUUCUUAGUCUCGGCUUCCAAUGCUGUGCUCGCCGACGGGACUAUCCUCCCUGCCGGAGUCGGAAACGGCACUGUUUUUGCUGGGUACCCGAGCUCUGAUCUCAAGACCGCCGUCGAGACCGCCGGUGACUUGACCCAGAUGUCUGUUCAGAUCGAUUUGGUGGGUACCCAGUUCGGAGUUGGGUCCCCCAGUGUUCCUAUGCCUUCGAAUAUCUCUCUCGCCAAUGAUGGGUUUGUUUGCCCUAAACCCACUUUGCAAGGGACGAGUGAAAUGCAAGUCUGCUGUACCAAAGAUGCAAAUUUUAAAAGUAAUGCCACCACAGGCAAAGAAUUUCUACCCCGCCAAAAUGGCGAUCUUACAAUAAUGUAUGAUGUGAUCAGAACAUAUGAUUCAAACUACUGGGCUCAAGUCACAAUCUCAAACCAUAACCCUCUUGGCCGCCUUGAUAAUUGGAAAUUAAGUUGGGACUGGAUGAGAGAUGAGUUUAUCUACACUAUGAAAGGGGCUUAUCCAUAUCUUGUCGAUUCAUCAGACUGCGUAUUUGGUCGGCAAGGCCAAUACUACAAGGAUUUGGACUUUUCCAAUGUAUUGAAUUGCGAAAGAAGGCCAACCCUAAUUGACCUUCCUCUGGGGAAGACCAACGACACAACCCUUGGAAUGAUUCCUUUUUGUUGCCGAAAUGGUACAAUCUUGCCACCAUCAAUGGACCCGAGCAAAUCAACUUCAGUUUUCCAGAUUAAUGUUUUCAAAAUGCCACCAGAUCUCAACCGUUCACAGCUCACGCCACCACAGAACUGGAAGAUCAACGGCACGCUUAACCCGGAUUAUCAGUGUGGACCUCCAGUGCGGGUGAGUCCUAGCCAAUUCCCAGACUCUAGUGGGCUACCAUCGGAUAAAACUGCAUUUGCAAGCUGGCAGGUGGUGUGCAACAUCACACAGCCAAAGGGAGCAAGCCCGAGGUGCUGCGUCUCGUUUUCUGCUUAUUACAAUGAAUCCGUCAUCCCUUGCAAAACAUGUGCUUGUGGGUGCCCUAGUACCUCCAAUGGUGCUUGUAGUACUACUGCCCCGGCUCUUCUGCUUCCAUCUCAGGCUCUUCUUGUUCCAUUUGAGAAUCGAACUGAUCUGGCUAAUGCUUGGGCUGAUCUUAAGCACCUACCCAGGUCAAAUCCCUUACCAUGUGGAGACAACUGUGGUGUCAGCAUCAACUGGCAUUUAUACACAGACUACAGUCGUGGGUGGACUGCAAGGAUCACGAUCUUCAAUUGGGACGAUGCUUCCUUUGUUGAUUGGUUUGCCGCGGUGGAAAUGGACAAAGCAGCUCUUGGUUUUGAAAAACUAUAUUCGUUUAAUGGAAGUUCUCUUUCCCCGAAUGGUGUGAACAAUACGAUAUUCAUGCAGGGGCUUCCGGGCUUGAACUAUCUUGUAGCGGAAACAGAAGAUGGAACCAACCCACAGCAAAAUCCUAGGGUGCCCGGAAAACAACAGUCUGUGAUCUCGUUUACGAAGAAAAAUACUCCUGGAAUCAAAGUGGCAGGUGGGGAUGGGUUCCCAAGUAAGGUAUAUUUCAACGGGGCAGAAUGUUCUCUUCCCACAGUACUUCCAGCAAGUAAUGCUUAUAAGACAGGUGCAACCAUAGGUGUUUCGGUACUCUUGGCAGUCGUAGUAUUCAUGUUAAUGCAGCAAUAGCAAUUAGAUUAGGCAUGGCUGCUCAGUUUUGUCGCUGGUGCUUAUCUUUCAUUCUUUCGAUGAUUUGGAUGACGAUCUAUUGGGAAUUUUGACGAUCGUGACUACCAGAAUUGCGUUUGAGGUACUAUUGGUUAUGCAGGAGGUUCUAACACUCUAUUUGGUUGGUCGAUGGUCUUGUUCUGUAGAUUUUUUGGGGACAUCAGAAUUUCCAUUUGUUAAAGCUAUUAUACAAAAAAGUAUAGAGAUUGGUAUUUGUAUACACAGCAUUGUAUGAGAUUUAUCAGUUUAAUUCAUUGUUGUAUUUUUUUCAUUUGUAUACAUUGAACGGAUGAUACAACAAUUGAUUAGUGUUACAGCUGCUUGUUUUUCCCAGUGCGACAACUUCAUAGAAUGCUAGAUUAUUUUCAGUUGCUAGAAAUUUUCCAAGAAAAUUUCCCCCCGUUGUUCUGUUCUAGAGGCUCUUUCAUUCUCUAGCUUUGUAGAGAGGUUGUGAUAUGAAGCCAUGGAAAGUCUUCCUGUUUGGUUUUC